AUGGCAUCGGUGAAGAUUGCACAACUUGUCAUCCGAACUCUAGCGAAGCCCAUUAGCAACCAGAUCAAGACUCAGGCUAAGCAGCAUGAGACGUUCCGCAAGUUCUGUGUGAACUUGGCGCAGGGCAUGUACCAGGCAGAGUUCAGGCUGCGGACGAACCUGUUGGGCGAGCCUGCAAAGCACGUCCGGCCGCUUUCAGAGACAAAGGCCAUAGAGAACGGCGCCAACGCGCUCGCAGAAGGGUUCCUGUUCGGAGUAGCAGCGUUGCUCAUUGUAGGCGAGUCAUGGCGGUCUUCGCGCAGCUCGUCCAAACGGAGAGACGCCGUCGAUGACAAGCUGGAGGACUUGCAGUCGAGAGUAGAGCAGCUAUCAGAGACGGCGAGCUCGAUGCAGGCGCUUUUCGAGGAGCGGUGGGCGGAGGAACGGCAACGCAAUGACGAGCUCGCGCGAAUACUGGAACGUGUGGUCGAGAUCGGCAUCAAGGGCGGCUUGAGUGAGCUCGAGGGCACGCCAUUAGUGACUCCCCGCAUCCAGUGGGCGUCCUCACGGUCGUCUUCGCAGACGCCCUCAUUGGAUUCGGCGGGCAGCGAGCCUGGCUCCAGCUUGCUGACUGAAGGCACUGUUGCGCAGUCGGAUACAAGGCCCUCAUAACGUGGUAGGACUUCUCGUAUACAUUCUCAUACCCUUGCGGUGCAUAAGAAAUACAUUAAUUAGACAACAGUCCUUCUGCUCAA